AUGAUGGACUUUGAAACAGAAGCCGGUAUACUGCAUUACCUGCAGUCUCGCGACAAGACGCGGAGCAUUGUCGCAGUCAAGAAGCUGUCCGGUGGAAAUGCCAACUAUGUCUACCGCGGCACCAUCGCCGAACCCUGCACGGAUCUGUUUGGAGGUCGAUCCACGGUCGUCAUUAAGCACGCGGCCGAUCAUUCGGCUUCGAACAGGCAGAUGGCACUCUAUGGCGACCGAAUGGCUUUUGAGCAGACCGCCCUCGGCGUUGUGGCCGAAGCAAGCGACAACAAGAACAACAACGACAAGGAAGACGAGAACAUUGAGACAGCCAACGUCAAGGUGCCACGCGUGCUCUACUGGGACCAUGAGAACAACAUUGUGAUCCAGGAGGAUGCCGGUAUAAAAUCGACGCACCUCAAGGAGUUCAUCUCGUCUCACGCCCAGCCACCGAACCCGAGGCUGGCCAAGGAGAUUGGCAGUUCGCUCGGCGAGUUCAUUGCGCGUCUGCAUCUCUACGGUUUUCGCCAUCGCUCGGAGCUCUACCCGGAAAAGAUGGCCAAUACUGAGGCUCUUGGCCUGUCGCGUCUGAUUCUCUAUGAUCGGUUCCCGAAGGCAGCGAGCAAGUACAUGGAGGAUCAGCCGCAGUUCGACCGGGAUGUGAUCGACCUGGCGUCCAAGUGGGGCGGCGAUCGACUGAUGAACGAACCUGAAACACUUGCCCACGGUGAUUUCUGGCCAGGCAACUUCCUCGUCGACACUGCAACAGGAGAAGGAAAUGAGAUCACAAUCAAGCGCAUGUAUAUUGUGGACUGGGAGAUGAGCCGGUACGCACCUGCAGCGAUGGAUCUUGGCCAGUUCAUAGCCGAGGCCUUUUCGCUCAAUAAGUACCGCCACCCAUGCGAAGAGCUAAUGACCUCCUUCCUCGAGACAUAUUGCAAGAUCUAUGGCGACCGGUUGACGACCACGGAUCUCAAGACCGCUGUCAUUCACUGCGGAGGCCACCUGAUGUCAUGGACACCCUACACGGGUUGGUUCAAAGAAGACGAUGGCCACGACGCCAAGACAAAAGAAAUCACUCUGAUCGGCGCCGAGUUCAUCAAGCGUGCCUGGAUUGAGGACUGGGCUUGGGUCCGCCAGGAAUCUGCCUUCCGCGUCAUGAUCGACCAUUUGAAGCUUUGA